UGGAUGCGGGAAACAUCAGGCAGAACUGCAAGAGGAGCUGCGAUGGCAACUGCGCUGCGAUAUCCUGACAAGGUGGUGAUAGUAACCGGGGGCACCCGGGGCAUCGGUGAAGCCAUUGUCAGAGAAUUUGUCCACCAAGGAGCCAAAGUUGUGUUCUGUGCUCCAGAAAGAGAAGAAGAACAGGGGAAGAAGAUUGUGCAGGAAUUGGAGUUUUGUGGGGGUCCUGGGGAAGUUUACUUUCAGAUCUGCGAUGUUUGCUGCGAAAAAGCUAUUCAGAAUCUGGUUGCUGUGACCAUUGAACUUUAUGGAAAGCUUGACUGCCUGGUGAACAAUGCUGGAAUUGUUUCCAGUCCCAAACCAAUCGAUAACGUCACCACAGAAGAAUUCCACAAAGUCAUGGACACCAAUGUUGUUGGCACCUUCUUAGCAUCUAAAUAUGCUCUACCUUAUCUCCGAAAAACAAAAGGUAACAUCAUCAAUCUCUCUAGUAUUGCCCAUAUUGUUGGAGGCGGACAUGAACUGCCCUAUACCUCAAGCAAGGGUGCCAUUAGAGCGAUGACAAAAUCCCUGGCCAUCGAUGAGAGCAAAUAUUGUGUCCGAGUCAACAGCAUUUCACCUGGCCAUAUCUGGACUCCAAUGCAGGAAUGGUUUCUAAACAAACAACCUGAUCCAGAAGCAGCAAUCCAGGAAAGCAAAGAUUCUCAGCUUUUGGGACGGAUGGGGACCCCUGCAGAGAUUGCGAAGGCUGCCCUGUUCCUUGCUGCCGAUGCCACGUUCUGCACAGGAUGUGACCUUGUGGCCAGUGGUGGAGCUGAGCUUGGCUUUGGCCAUAAGAGUCAAGUUAUUCCCAGAUGUGGCUCUAAAAACUAGUAGAGUCAACCAGGAUGGGAGGAUUGCAGUGGC